UGGCAGCCAGAUGUGCUGAAACUCCUGACGACAGCAUCUAUUCACUGCGUGUUUUUAAUAGGCUUAGAGAAAUAUGAGUAGAGUACAUGAAAGCAGCUCAGCUUCACACUUCAGCUGGGAAUGCCCAAAAAGCUUACUGCUGUUUAGAAUUCUUGCUACAGUCAGGAGAAAGCCGCACGGGUGCUAAAUCUUCUACGACUGAAUUAGAAGAAUAAUGACUGUACAAUUAACUAUCAGCCCCUGCUCAUUUAGGCACAGUUUUUACAGAGAUCAGGAGAAAUAUGGAACUUGAUUGGCAUGUUUGCAUUUGAUGGUGUGUACAAAAUAGAUGACUUUUAAGACAGGUGGUGAAGAAAAAUAGAAGGGAAGGAAAGAGAGAAAAUGCAAUUUGAGACACUGCGCCAGGUCUGCAAUUCUGUUUUAUCUCAUUUCCAUGGGGUUUUCUCAUCCCCUCCAAAUAUUUUACAAAAUGAUCUUUUUGGACAAACGCUGAACAACACUAGGAAAAGAAGUCCAUCAAUAUCAAGAGAACAGAACAGAAGAUACGACCAAAGGGACGAGAGAGACGAAUAUUCACAGUAUGCUACAUCAGACAGUGCGAUGCCCAGGUCACCAUCAGAUUAUUCAGAUAGGCGGUCACAGCGUGGACCUCAGUUAUAUGAAGAACCUGAACUGGGUGAUUAUAGAGAUUCCAACAGAAGGAGUCGCAGGCGUUCCAAGGAGUAUCCGGUAGAAGAGGAAGAUGCACAAAACAGGGAAGAAUAUGAAAGGCAGCGGAGGGAGGAGGAAUACCAGGCACGAUACCGAAGUGAUCCUAAUUUGGCUCGUUACCCAGUCAAGCCACAACCGUAUGAGGAGCAAAUGCGUAUCCAUGCUGAAGUGUCCCGAGCACGUCACGAACGGAGACAUAGUGAUGUCUCACUGGCAAAUACUGAGUUGGAGGAUUCUCGGAUGUCUAUGCUGAGGAUGGAACGACCAUCAAGACAGAGGUCAGUGUCUGAGCGCAGGGCUGCCAUGGAAAACCAACGUUCAUACUCUAUGGAAAGAACUCGAGAGGCUCAGGGACCAAGUCCCAAUCGUCAGAGGACCACAAACCAUAGCCCUCCUACACCUAGGAGGAGUCCAAUUCCUCUGGAAAGACCAGACAUGAGGCGCUCUGAUUCAUUAAGGAAACAACACCAUUUGGAUCCCAAUUCUGCCGUACGGAAAACAAAACGUGAAAAGAUGGAAACCAUGUUACGGAAUGAUUCACUCAGCUCAGACCAGUCUGAAUCUGUCAGACCUCCACCACCAAAGCCCCAUAAAACAAAAAAGGGAGGUAAAAUGCGCCAGAUUUCAUUAAGUAGCUCAGAAGAAGAAUUGGCAUCCACUCCCGAGUAUACGAGUUGUGAUGAUGUAGAGAUUGAAAGUGAAAGUGUUAGUGAAAAAGGAGACAUGGAUUACAACUGGUUGGACCAUACGUCUUGGCAUAGCAGUGAGGCAUCCCCAAUGUCUUUGCAUCCAGUAACUUGGCAACCAUCCAAAGAUGGAGACCGUCUCAUUGGCCGGAUUUUGUUAAAUAAACGACUAAAAGAUGGAAGUGUGCCAAGAGACUCAGGAGCAAUGCUUGGAUUGAAGGUAGUAGGAGGAAAGAUGACUGAAUCAGGUCGACUCUGCGCAUUUAUCACCAAAGUUAAAAAAGGAAGCUUAGCUGAUACUGUGGGGCAUCUUAGACCAGGUGAUGAAGUAUUAGAAUGGAAUGGAAGGCUACUACAAGGAGCCACCUUUGAGGAGGUGUAUAACAUCAUUUUAGAAUCCAAACCUGAGCCACAAGUGGAGCUUGUUGUUUCAAGACCAAUAGGGGACAUUCCCAGAAUACCUGACAGCACACAUGCACAGCUGGAGUCCAGUUCUAGUUCAUUUGAAUCUCAAAAAAUGGACCGACCUUCUAUUUCAGUGACUUCUCCUAUGAGUCCUGGCAUGUUAAGGGAUGUUCCACAGUUCUUGUCUGGACAACUUUCAAUAAAACUGUGGUAUGACAAGGUUGGCCAUCAGUUAAUAGUGACAAUUUUGGGAGCAAAGGAUCUUCCUUCAAGGGAAGAUGGGAGGCCAAGGAAUCCUUAUGUUAAAAUUUACUUUCUUCCAGACAGAAGUGAUAAAAAUAAAAGAAGAACAAAAACAGUAAAGAAAACAUUGGAGCCUAAGUGGAAUCAGACAUUCAUUUAUUCUCCAGUUCAUCGGAGAGAGUUUAGAGAACGAAUGUUAGAAAUUACUCUUUGGGACCAAGCACGAGUUCGAGAGGAAGAAAGUGAAUUUUUAGGAGAGAUUCUUAUUGAGUUAGAGACAGCAUUACUAGACGAUGAACCUCACUGGUACAAACUUCAAACACAUGAUGUCUCGUCAUUGCCACUUCCCCAUCCCUCACCAUAUUUGCCACGCAGACAGCUCCAUGGCGAGAGUCCCACACGGAGGUUACAAAGGUCCAAAAGAAUCAGUGACAGUGAAGUCUCUGAUUAUGACUGUGAUGAUGGAAUUGGUGUUGUUUCAGAUUAUCGACACAAUGGGAGAGAUCUUCAAAGUUCAACGCUAUCAGUGCCAGAACAAGUUAUGUCAUCUAAUCAUUGCUCUCGAUCAGGGUCCCCUCACCGUGGAGAUAGUAUAGGACGGACCAGAUCGUGGUCUCCCAGUGUCCCUCCCCCACAAAGUCGGAAUGUGGAUCAGGGACCACGAGGGACUCGAUCUACUCCUGCGCAUUACAAUACCUUGAACCGAAUGGAUAGACACCGUGUUAUAGAUGACCACUACUCCCCGGACAGAGAGAGGAAUUGUGAAGCAGCAGAUAGACAGCCAUAUCAAAGAUCCAGAUCAACAGAGCAACGUCCUAUGCUAGAGCGGACCAACUCCCGCUCCCGAUCCACAGAGCGUCCUGACUCAAACCUCAUCAGGUCGAUGCCUUCAUUAAUGACUGGAAGAUCUGCCCCUCCUUCACCUGCCUUACCGAGGUCACAUCCUCGAACUGGGUCUGUUCAGACAAGUCCAUCAAGUACUCCAGUAGUAGGGCGAAGAGGCAGGCAGUUACCGCAGCUCCCACCAAAGGGGACGUUGGAGAGAAGUGCAAUGGAUGUAGAAGAGAGGAAUCGCCAAAUGAAAAUGAGCAAGUACAAACAGGUAGCAGGAUCAGAUUCCAGGCUGGAACAAGAUUAUCAUUCUAAGUAUCGGUCAGGACGGGAUCCUCAGCGAGGCUCAGACAAUGUUUCCAACAAGUCUUCAGACAGUGAUGUCAGUGACGUCUCCGCUGUGUCACGGACAAGCAGCGCCUCACGUUUCAGCAGCACAAGCUACAUGUCUGUCCAGUCAGAGCGUCCAAGGGGAAACAAGAAAAUAAGUGUCUUUACAUCCAAAAUGCAAAGCAGACAGAUGGGCGUCUCAGGAAAGAACAUGACUAAGAGCACCAGCAUCGGCGGGGACAUGUACACACUGGAGAAGAAUGAUGGCAGCCAGUCGGACACGGCAGUGGGCACUGUCGGUGGUGGCGGCAAAAAGAGACGCUCCAGCAUCGGUGCAAAGAUGGUCGCCAUCGUGGGUCUCUCGCGAAAAAGCCGUAGCACAUCACAACUCAGCCAAACUGAAGCAGGGGGCAAGAAGCUGCGGAGCACUGUCCAGAGGAGCACUGAGACAGGACUGGCUGUGGAGAUGAGGAACUGGAUGACCCGUCAGGCCAGCCGGGAGUCAACGGAUGGGAGCAUGAACAGCUACAGCUCUGAGGGGAAUUUGAUUUUCCCUGGUGUGAGGUUGGCUGCAGACAGCCAGUUCAGUGAUUUUCUGGAUGGACUUGGUCCUGCCCAGCUUGUAGGACGACAGACUUUGGCAACACCGUCUAUGGGAGAUAUCCAGGUGGGAAUGAUGGACAAGAAAGGACAACUGGAAGUAGAAAUAAUCCGAGCCCGUGGCCUUGUUGUAAAACCAGGUUCAAAGACACUGCCAGCACCAUAUGUAAAGGUGUAUCUAUUAGAAAAUGGAGUCUGCAUAGCCAAAAAGAAAACAAAGGUAGCAAGAAAAACGCUGGAACCACUUUAUCAGCAACUUCUAUCAUUUGAAGAAAGUCCCCAAGGAAAAGUUUUACAGAUAAUUGUUUGGGGAGACUAUGGACGUAUGGAUCACAAAUCCUUUAUGGGAGUGGCACAGAUACUUUUAGAUGAACUGGACCUGUCCAACAUGGUGAUUGGGUGGUUCAAACUCUUCCCUCCUUCUUCCCUAGUAGACCCAACAUUAGCUCCUCUCACUAGAAGAGCUUCCCAAUCAUCUCUUGAAAGUUCAACAGGACCUUCGUAUGCUCGCUCAUAGCAGCUGUGAAACUGUUGUCAUAGCAACCAGCGUUACAAAAAAAUAAAAUUACAGGUCGCAAACCCUGGUAACACUGCAUGCUUAAUGUUGUGUCUUCUGAGCCUGUUUCUAGGGCUGCAACGCGAUCCUGUGUUCUCAAGGAAGUUGCACACAUUGUGCCCUACGGAAGGCCCUCAGGUGAAGGACUGAAGUCAUGAAGAACUGAUAGGUUUGGAGUUCAGGGACACUCAGUUUUGGUCCAAUCUGAAGCCAUGGACUAAACUAAAAGAAUCAAUCUGUUUCAUGCAACAAAAGUCCUUUUUAAUGGCAUAUCUGUUUUGUUGCUCCCGUUUCUUUAUUUAUCUGCCCUCCCCUCCUAAAGCUUGGUUAUGCCACAGAAAUGGAGUUACCCUCCCAUGAAGCCAUGUUACAAGUCAGUGGAUUAGCAGACACUGGAAGAAAAGAAGAAUGUAAGGAUGCUGGAAAAGUCAGCUGUCGUUUGAAACAGUUGCUUGAGAUCCGAAAACUCUUCAUACAGAAAAGGUUCAAGACUUAAAGUGGCGGGCUUCAUACCUCCAGCUAUAGAUACAGUGAAACCCCAGAUGUGAUGGACUCUCUGAAAAAUAAAAUUCUGUGGAUAUACCGUACUGUAUGAAAUUAAAGAAACUUUUUUGCAUGGACACAGAUUUAGCUGAACACUUAAAUUAUUUUCUUGGGGCUGCAACUUGCAAAAAAAAAAAAAAUAAUAAA